UCACAACCCCAGCCAAUCACCGCUGGGCCUGCAGCCGCAUGGCGGCCUAGGGUUUUAAUUCUCAGGACCCGGCGGUUUUUGAUUCGGUGCUUCGGACUGGGGGACAGUGAGGCCGGGUGCAGCUCCCUGACGCGCAUUCUCAUCCCGGGUGAUCUCCCGGAGACGGGCGGCAGCCUCCAGCGGCCAUGCCUCACCGAAAGAAGAAGCCCUUCAUCCAGAAGAAGUCGUCAGUGACCUUUCACUUGGUGCACAGAAGCCAGAAGGAUCCAUUGGUCGCUGAUGAGAAGGCCCCACAGAGAGUUCUACUGCCGGCAGAGAGAGCGGAUGUGCAAAAGCGAAAGGAGGAGGAGAGGAAAUAUGGCAUCUUUUUCGAUGAUACUUACAAUUACCUGCAGCACCUGAAGGAGGCGUCUCCGGUUGCUGAGCUUGUGGCCUCCAGUAUACCCCUGAAGGAGGGUCAGGACACUAUAACUGCAGGAGAUGGAAGGCUGGAAGAGGAGGGGCAGCAGAUUCCCAUUCAUUCCAUUAACCUGCCAUCGUCGGUUUUUGCUUCCGAGUUUGAGGAGGAGACUGGACUGCUGAACAAAGCAGCUCCUGUGCGAGGACCUCGCCUGGACCUCGACCCGGAUAUUGUGGCUGCCCUCGAUGAUGACUUUGACUUUGAUGAUCCGGAAAACGUUUUGGAAGACGACUUUGUGGUGAAGGCUGUCGGGAGAGGGAGUGAGGCAGACGUUCAGAUGGAUUCGGAUGAUGAAGAGGAGUGGGAGGAUACAGAGGAUGAAGACUUUGAUUCGGCUGAUGGUCUCUCUAAUGAUGAUGGUUCGAGGGUUGCCAGCAGCGAGGGUGGGGAAAGAGAGUUCCCCUUCAUGGAGGAGGAGACCAGGAGUCGCUUUACCACCUACUCCAUGACAUCAUCUGUGAUGAGACGAAACGAGCAGCUCACCCUGUUGGAUGAUCGGUUUGAGAAGCUGUACGAAGAGUAUGAUGAUGAUGAGAUCGGAGCUCUGGAUCACCAUGAACUAGAAGGACCUAUUCAGGUGGAUAGCACACGGCUGGAUGAAGUCAUCAGUGAUUAUCGCACUCAGAAAGCAAAAGACUGUCAAAUGCCCGAUGACCUGGGGCCAAGGGGGGAUGUUCUACUAAAGGAGGAGGAAGAGGAGAAGGAAGAGAUCGAGGUGCUGGUCAUUGAAGAACCAACAGAACAAUGGGACUGUGAAUCCAUCCUCAGCACCUAUUCAAAUCUGUACAACCAUCCGAAGCUGAUAACUGAUCCACCAAAGCUCAAUCCAAUCAAGGUGUCCAAGAAAACUGGGAUUCCACUGGAUGUUUUACCCAAACGGAGUCUGACUGCUAAACAGCUGGAACGACUAGAAACAAUUAACAUCAGCGACUUACCCAGAGCUUCAACGCAAUCCCGUUCACGGGAUGAGAGCAAAGAGGAGAGGAAAAUCCGGAAGCAGAAAAUUAAAGGAGAACGGAAGGAGCGAAGAGUGGAGAAAAAAGCCAAUCGAAAUGCAUUUAAAGUGGAGAAGGCGCGGCAGGAGCAAGUGGUUUUGAACCUGAGACAGAACCUGCAGGGGAUCAAACUGUGAGUGAGAAUGUGAGGCCGAGUCCCUCCUCACAGGAGUCGGGGUGAGGGAGAGAAUUCUGACGGAGGUUCAGCCAUUCCCUGACGAUUGGAAUGAGAAGUUCGCUCUCGUGCCUUUACAGCCAUCCUGCCUCUGCCUUCAAAACCGACCCAAGGGCUUGAACACUUUCUGAGAUUCUCAAAUCUCUGGCCCUCUUCCCAACGACUACAGAGCCAACCCAGAUCUUUCUGCAAGUAAAACUCAUCUUGACGUCAACGGGUGAAGCUUCUGUGGGUUAAGGGGGAUAUGUAUAGAAUGUUCCACCUGAACUCACAGCAUUUUUGGCCAUCUGUGUCUCUCAUUUUUGGAUCUUUACCCUUGCACCUGAAAGCCAAAAAGAAACAGUUUGUGGUUCAAUCUAUUUAUAAAAUAUUUGUGAAUUUUCUAAGCCUA